UCUCAACACAAACCAAACCUAGAAGACAUACUGUAAACAGUUCUCAAACAAAUCAUGUACUAUCUCCCCACUUAUUGUCUGGUCUUGUUCUUCCUCUUCUUUCUAUUCCACCCUCUUCCUUGUGUUCUAAGUAAAGAAGACCUUGGGUGGUGUGAUGCUCUGUUCCAAUGUGGUAAUCUCACUGCUGGGUUCCCCUUCUGGGGUGGGAAUCGUCCCAAAUCUUGCGGUCAUCCCUUGCUGGAGCUUCACUGCCUCAAAAACAUCACGUCUCUAAGCAUCUCGAACCAUGAGUACAACGUUUUCUAUAUAGAUCAAACAUAUAAUACCCUUAGACUUGCUAGAACAGAUCAUCUAGGUUCUUUUUGUUCGGCUGGAUUCAAUACCACAACCUUCCCCCGCGAGAUCUUUAAGCUUUUCCCAACAUAUAAGAGCCUCACUGUCUUAUACCAUUGUGAUCCUAAGCUAUCUUACCGCUCAAGUUAUACAUGUCCAGAUCUAGGUCUUUUCUCAAUGUCUCAAAGCCUUGAUUACAAGUACUCCUGCCAAGACAGUUUCAUAGUUAACGUUCCAACGAGUUUUGUUCCCGAUGAGAAAGAGUUAAAUUUGACCAAUUUGGAAAGUGCUCUACGAAAAGGGUUUGAGAUGAAGCUGGUGAUCGAUGAGAUACCAUGUCAAGAAUGUUCAUCCACUCAUGGAAUCUGUGGUUUCAGUAGUACGACACAGAUUUGCUGCAACGUAACCUCACCAUCUGGUGGAGUUAGUUGCCUACCACAACCUCAACCUAGUGCUGAUGAGCUUAGGCGACGUUGCAGUGAAAGGUUUAGUUGCGGAACUCAGCGAGAUCUCUACUACCCCUUUUGGAUACCUGGCAGAGAAUACUGUGGUCACCCUGACUUCAAACUCGACUGUAGAGGAGAAUUGGCAGAGCUUAACAUCGCCUCAGUGAAGUUCCGAAUUUUAAAUAUGAGCUAUGACUCUUCUAUCAUAAGGCUAGCCAGAUCAGAUUAUAUCGGCGAUCUUUGUCCCUCAAACCCACUAAAUGAGCCACUCAUCGAAAAUGUCCUUUCCUUCAGUGUUGACACAGAGCUGCUAACAUUAUAUUACGACUGCCAACUAAACUCAUCUGUUACUUCUACUACUAGCUACAUAGGAGAGUUUGGCUGUAACAGCGGAAAAAGUUACUAUGUAACGAGAAACCUCUCAUCACCUUUACUUGACAAGUUUAGAGGCGUUUUAAACAGCUUAAGGGGAAUGUGCAAAAGAAAAGUUAGUGUUCCUGCAUCUGGACCGGCGUUAGACACACUACAGAGAAGUCCAAAUACAAAUAAUCUCAAGAUGGCUCUUGAACAAGGUUUCGAGCUUGAAGUUAACUCGAAUUGUUCCAUGUGUGUUUUUUCUGGCGGUUCUUGUGGAUAUAAUCAGAACUCAAGUUUGUUUGUUUGCUAUUGUAAAAAUGGACCUCAAGACUACCAAUGCGAUGAUUUUUCAUUGAAUGGACCCAUGUUUCGGUUGUUUCGGUAUCCAAUAGUGAUUUUGAUCAUUGGCCUUCUCAUAGUUUUGUGUACAGUAGUAGGAAUAAUUGCAUGCCUGGUGUUAUUGUCUCCUUGUUGCAAAGUCCAAAUAUUCAGAAAAAGAAAAACGUCAGAUGAUCGGAGACAAGAGAAGCUAAAGGCUCUUAUUCCACUCAAACACUAUACGUACGCGCAAGUGAAGAAAAUCACAAAGUCAUUUGCUGAAGUGGUUGGGAGAGGCGGAUUUGGAAUUGUUUAUAAAGGAACCCUCUGUGAUGGUCGUAUGGUUGCGGUGAAAGUUUUGAAAGAAUCAAAGGGUAAUAAUAGUGAAGACUUCAUCAAUGAAGUUUCUAGCAUGAGCCAAACAUCUCAUGUUAACAUUGUUUCCCUUCUUGGAUUCUGCUCUGAAGGUUCAAGAAGAGCAAUUAUAUAUGAGUUUUUAGAGAAUGGGUCGCUGGAUAAGUUCAUCUCGGAAAAGGCGUUGAUCAAUUUGGAUUUAACGAAACUGUAUGGGAUCGCGCUAGGAGUUGCUCGUGGUCUAGAGUAUUUGCAUUAUGGCUGUAAAACGAGGAUUGUGCAUUUCGACAUUAAACCUCAGAAUGUGCUGUUGGAUGAUAAUCAUUCCCCCAAAGUUUCUGAUUUCGGACUUGCUAAAUUGUGUGAGAAGAAGGAGAGCAUCUUGUCAAUGAUGGAAACAAGAGGUACAAUAGGAUACAUUGCACCAGAGAUGAUCUCUCGAGUUUACGGGAGUGUUUCUCACAAGUCUGAUGUGUAUAGCUAUGGGAUGUUGGUCUUUGAAAUGAUGGGUGCAAGGAAGAAAGAAAGAUUUGGUCACACCUCUGCCUCUAAUGCAAGCUCAAUGUACUUUCCAGAAUGGAUCUAUAAGGAUCUUGAGAAGGCAGACAAUAAGGAUCUUGAGAAGGGAGACAUUGGAAAGUAUAUCGAGGAUGGAAUCAGCAACGAAGAAGAGGAGCUAGCAAAGAAGAUGACAUUGGUGGGUUUGUGGUGUAUUCAGUCUUCCCCAUCAAACCGUCCACCGAUGAAUAGAGUAGUAGAGAUGAUGGAAGGAGGCUUGGAUGCUCUUGAAGUGCCACCAAGACCUGUUUUGCAGCAAAUUCCUACAGUACCUCUUAUUGAAUCUUCUUGGAACUCAGAGGAAAGUUCAAGCAUCUCGGAGAUUGAUGAUAGAAAUAUAUUGUUGUGAAGGUCGUGUAUACUAUACAGAAGAUAUUCUAUAAAGUUAUGUCUGUAUAUGUUAUUUGCAUAACAAAUAGAUAAUAUGUAUAAGUAUAAAAGAACAUAACUCAAUAGUUGCUACAAA